AUGUCAAAUUUCGUUUUUGAAAUUGUAUAUUUUUGGUAAAAAAAUUUAAUAGAUAACAAUAACUUGUAUGUAUCACCAUUAAUAAAAAUAUUAAACUAAUAAGAUAACUAUAAAAUGUAAAAUUUUCACAGUAGUUUAUAACUGAAAAAACUAUGUAAUAUUUAUUAUUGUCAAAAUUAUUUGUAAAUGUAUUUUUGACUAGUUGUUUGAAUUAUAUUUUAAUACAGAUCGGUAUUAAAAACUAAAAUUUUAAAUUUUAAAUUUAUCUGCGUCCUCCAGUUUUAUUUUUCAUGUGAAAAUAACUCUCUUUUGGAGAUCCCGUUAGUUACUAUACUACUCAAGCACUCAUUUGGCCUCGUACGAAAGUUUCAAAUGUAAUCAUUUAGGUCAAAAAGGUCCGUAAAAGGUAAAAAGAAAUUCGGUUUUCUUUGCUUUAAUUUCGCAAAAUGUAUGGCUUUUUAUUUACCGUUCUUUGAAAUUUGAUGAAAUCAUCCUGGUUUAUCCGACAAAUUUUACAAACCUAAAGAGGGUUGUCUAAAUCAAUGAGUAACAACAAAAUGACCUAGAGUACGUACGUGUGCCAUUCCAAGUAUGUAGACGUAAUAACAAUGGUUGAUAUUACAUCAUCGGCCUUAUGUUGGCCCAAGUAUAGCCACUGAUUUGGUUUAUAAAAUGGCCACUUCAGUGCAGCCCAAGGCCGAAUCGUAAUAUGUUUGUAAAGACGAAGAAUUUUUGUAAAAAUUAUGAAAACCUUUUCGCUGAUGAUUACGGAUAGUUUAAAUGAUUUUUUUCAAACAGUAUGCAUUAUGUUGGUUUAUAUUUGGAUGGCAACAAAAUAAGAACACUAGUACACACCAGUAAAUUAUAUAUUUUGAUCUAACCAAAUUUAAUACUUACAUAUAAAUCAACAGUAUUUCCUUAUAAUAUAUUUGUUGAGUAUUGUAUUGUUUUUAUAAAAAGUUCAAUGAAUUUCUGGUAAUGCGUAUAUAUUUUAUGUGUCUGUUAGAUUAACUACCAUAGCUUUAGUAAAUAAUAAAAUGAAAAGUAUGAUGUAAAAACACACGACUGCUUUACCAUAUCUCCAAUUUUGUAUUAUGCAUUCUCCUAUAAAGGUUCUUGUACGUAUGAUACUGUUAGUCUUUUUCUUAUUAAUUUAUUAUGUAUCAAUUGAAUUAUGCGAAUGGAUAUAGUUUCGAAUUAUGCGGAUGGAUAUAGUUUCUCAACUAUCAAUUGACCUUUUAUUUUUGCAAGCCUUUUUCAAAGAAAAAAACUAUCAAUUGACCAAAUUUAAUAUAAGACAACUUGAUAAUAAUAUAUAAAAACAUAAAUAACGUUUUAUUAUAGGCAAAUGGACAUUUAAACUAAAGCAAUGUGAAUCGCUUCACAUCGCACCAAUGUGGUGGUGGAAUUUUCACUUCUCUUUUGUGCAAUCACGUGGUCGAAUUAAUGGUUUAAGCAUUUUAGCAAUUAAUCAGAAUAUAAAAUAACAGCCGCACGAAUAAACAGAACGUUAAUUAGUAAAAAAUUAACCCAAAUGUUUCAUCAUAAAAAGCAAGUAAACAGCUAUACUUUCUAACAAUUUGUAGAACUGUGAAUUCAGAUCGUUAGUUUUGAUUUUUGACAUAUGUGUGACGGUGUGGUGUUUUUCCUAUAAUCAAACAAUUGGACUGUAUCUUCUUAUUAAAAAUUGUCACGACUUGGUCCAAAGUCAAUUCACAAGUUGCUCGGCGCAUUUGGUGUUAGUUAGCCACCGAUCUAGAACUCUGUAUUUUUUUUUAUUUCGUAAAGAUUCUUUGAUAGUUUUAUAAACCAACCAAGACUUCAAUAAGAGCUUCAACAUACUUUUUUGUUAUAUGGAAUAAUAAUGAAAAUGGAACAGAAGUUCACAGCAAUUAUAUAUGUGUAUAUAUUUAGAUUUAGAUUCAAUUGUAUUUUAAAUUUCUAAGUUUAGGCACGAAUUUUGUUUUAGUUCUUUUAGAGAAAAAAACAAUUCAGACUGAAAGGGCUGAACUAUAAGGUUUAAACUAAAUUUAACGAAGAAAUAUAUCUCUACAAAAACUAAAUUUUCCAAAUCAAGAAUGGGUCUUCUAACAUUGAAAAAUAAAGUAGACCCAAGAAUAAGUAAGACUAUAAUGAAAUAAAAACAAUAAACUCCACUAAAAGUGUCAAAACGUUGACCCACGCAAACAUGUAACCAAGUCUUCUUCCACUACAUGAUCUCUAUGACUAUAUAUCACAGCAAAACCAAACCUUCUCUUCUCACACAUACAUAAAGAACAAACAUGGAGAAACAAAUUUCUCUAUCGCUAUGUCUCUUCCUCUUCAUCCUCUCAAUAUCAUCUUUUCUCCAAGAAACUGAAGCUCGGAAAUACUCCUAUAGACGUGCACCGAUCACGAGGCUAGUCUCAAGAUCUCUCUACGACUCAAUCUUCAUCCACAAGGAAAACAACGCAUGCCCUGCAAAAGGUUUCUACCCUUACGAAGCAUUCUUGGAGGCUACAAGGUGGUUCCCGAGGUUCGGGAGCGUAGGAGGCAUUACGACAAGGCGUCGUGAAGUGGCUGCGUUUUUGGCGCAGAUAUCUCACGAGACAACAGGUGGUUGGGCCACGGCACCGGAUGGACCGUACGCGUGGGGGCUGUGUUUUAAAGAGGAAGUGAGUCCACAGAGUAAUUAUUGUGAUGCUUCAAAUACGGAGUGGCCUUGCUUCCCUGGCAAAUCUUAUAAAGGAAGAGGUCCCAUUCAACUUUCUUGGAAUUACAAUUACGGUCAGGCGGGUCGAGCAUUGGGUUUUGACGGUUUACGUAACCCGGAAAGUGUAGCCAACAACUCCGUUUUAGCUUUCAAGACAGCUCUUUGGUUUUGGAUGACCGAACAGACUCCUAAACCGUCUUGCCAUGACGUCAUGGUGAACCGGUACAGACCGACCAAAGCAGAUAUAGCAGCAAACCGGACAAGUGGUUUCGGUUUAACCACCAACAUCAUAAACGGCGGGUUAGAAUGCGGGAUUCCAGGAGAUGGACGAGUCAAUGACCGGGUCGGGUAUUUCCAAAGAUACGCUAAGCUGUUUAAUGUCAACACAGGACCUUUCUUAGACUGCGAGAACCAGAGGCCCUUCUCCUAGAAGACUAUCAUUGCAACUCUCUUUUAGUUUUUCUAUAAACUAAUACAAUCCAUGUACCAAUGAAACUGAAGUUUAAAAUCAUAACAAUAAAACUCCUUAAGCUGAGAGUGAGAGAUAUAAAUGUUUUUUUUAAAGCGUACCGUGACAAGAAGUUGUUAACCUCA